CCUUCCUCCUAGUGAAGGGAGGGGGCAGGGGUUUCAGCCCCACCCUCAAGAAGAUAUGUCCUCCCUGUCCUAUGCUCGGUCAUGGUACUUCCUCUCUGGCUGAUUUAGCUCACAGCACCCAGACCUAGGGCCAGGCCCCUCACUAGAACAGAUUCUAGAGACUAACUACAUUUUGCUCUGACCCUGGAAUUGCCAGCAGCUUCCAAUCAGUACCUGCAAAACUUGUCAGUCCUUGUGAUGGCUACAAACACUACAUCUUCUGCGGCAUCCUUUUCCUUAAGUUUAAGGUUCAUAUCUCUGUUGGCUGUUGUCCUAUUGUCGGUGGCGCUGGCUGUGGGGCUUCCUGGUAACAGCUUUGUGGUAUGGAGCAUUCUGAAAAGGAUGCGGAAGCGCUCAGUCACUGCCCUGCUGGUGCUGAACCUGGCCCUGGCGGACCUGGCUGUAUUGCUCACUGCCCCUUUUUUCCUACACUCCUUGGCCCGAGGCGCCUGGAGCUUUGAACUGGCUGGCUGCCGCCUGUGCCACUAUGUCUGUGGAGUCAGCAUGUAUGCCAGCGUCCUGCUUAUCACGGCCAUGAGUCUGGACCGCUCACUGGCUGUAGCCCGUCCCUUCGUGUCCCAGAAGGUGCGCACCAAGGCGAUUGCCCUGUGGGUGCUGGCAGGCAUCUGGGUGGUGUCCUUCGUGUUGGCCACGCCAGUCCUCGCCUACCGCACAGUAAGCUCGGAACUGAACAACAGGAGUCUGAGAUGCUUCGCCAAGUACCCCAGCGAAAGGCACAGGGCCUUCCACCUGCUCUUCGAGGCCUUCACGGGUUUCCUGCUGCCCUUCGCGGCGGUGGUGGCCAGCUACUCCGACAUCGGGCGCAGGCUGCGGGCACGGCGCUUCCGCCGCAGUCGCCGUACCGGCCGCCUGGUGGCGCUUAUCAUUCUGGCCUUCGCCGCUUUCUGGCUGCCCUAUCACUUGGUGAACCUGGCCGAGGCGGGUCGCGCGCUGGCCGGCUUAAGCCCGCACUCGGGGCCCGCGGGGCCGCGGCUGGCGCUGGCCCGCAACGUGCUUAUCGCGCUGGCCUUCCUGAGCAGCAGCGUGAACCCCGUGCUGUACGCAUGCGCGGGCGGGGGCCUGCUGCGCUCCGCAGGCGUGGGCUUCGUGGCCAAGCUGCUGGAGGGCACAGGCUCCGAGCUUUCCAGUGCCCGCCGUGGGGGCACCCUGGGCCAGACCAUGAGGGCUGGGCAACCUGGCCAGAACUUGCCAGGCUCCGUAGUGGCGGAGCCUGGCACCACCGAGAGCCUCACAGCGUCCUCGGACCCUAUCAAGGGAAGCGAACUGAGCUAGGCUGGUGGAAGGACGCUCUCUUUCUCCUCGGGGAAUGCCUACGUUGGCCUGACCCAAUUCUGCACCCGGAGGAGAAGAACCAGUGUGGGGGAUCGACGGGGGUGGAGCGGAAGCAGAGGGAGGGGUGGGGCGAGUCAGCACUUUGUGAGAACAUGCUCUGGCCAGGCUCCCGGGGCAGUUUUACAAUUAAAACUGAAGUCUGAAAUCGGUCAACCCUAUGCAUGAGGAGUGUGUGUUAUGGAGCACUGGUGUGCACCCUGGUGGGAUCCCUCUCAAUAGUGGGUAAUCACAGCCUUUAGUUCCCCAUGAUUUACAAUUUUGGAAGGGACAUAAGGGCAGACAUAGACCGCCCCCCACGCACACACACCAUUCGUGAUUUUGAAGUAGGUAGCUAUAGAUCCCACUUAGAAAAACACGUUCUACCAACUGCUAGAAGAGAUUGUCAAGGAAAACCACCCAUGUGAGCUCAUGACUCCAGACCUAUGACUCAGGGGACCUAAGAAAACACUACUGCUGUGAAACGUCUUCCCUGAAGUCUGUGUAAGUAUCCUUGUUAACAUGUCUCCAGUUUUCUACCAGUAGAUGUUCCUCUUAACAGAUGUUCUGGGGGGAGGUGCGGAUAAAAGGUCUCACUUGAAACUUAGAAUUCUGCACAUCAGCCUAAAGAGUCCCAAAAGUGAGAGGGAUGCACCCCUAUUUCCUAGGGUGACUUAUUUUUAGAGAACCUUGGGCCAGUUUCUUCUCCACAACAUUUUAGGAAGAUGGCCUGGGAGGAAACCAUCCUACUGAGGAGGCAAGGAGAAAGUGAUUCCCAGUUACAUCCAGCAGCUCUUAACAUCAGUUGAAGCUGGGCCCCCGUGGCUCAAUGGCUCAAACCUGUAAUUCUAGUAUUCAGGAGGCAGAGAUCAGGAUGAUUGCCGUUCAAAGCCAGCUGGGGCAAAUAGUUCUG